CCAGUUCUAUCUAGACGAAUUAGACAAUACCAAAACUGAAAACCUCGCCGUCCGCCAUUGAAAUAUAAGUGACGCCAUCAAUUCGCUCUUCAUUAAUUCUCAGUCCAUUUGCAAUAAUUACCACGUUUAUACAUCUGUAAAAAUCAGUUUUAUUAAUUCUACAAAAAAUGAGUGACAUUGAGCACAGUGGGAGUCGUAGCGCUAGUCCUCGCCGACCCCGAACAGCAGAUGGAGGUAUUCGUGAUUCCCGAUCACGAUCCAGAUCGCGUAAGUCAAGGGAGCGGAAAGAACGACCGGUUAAGGAGUACUCGCGGUCACGAAGUCGCUCUGUAUCACGUGGACGUAAACCAUAUCGCAAUACCAAAUAUGCAGCCGGAAGAAGUCGCAGUCGCAGCCGAUCACCCUACCGUGGAGGUGACGGACGGUAUUCUCGCAGUCGAUCACGCUCUUACUCAAGAUCGCGCUAUUCCCGUGAACGAGAUCGCAAUAUUUACCGGUCACACUCACGCAGCCCCAUGUCUUCGAGACGCCGACACGUCGGCAAUCGCGACAAUCCUUGUCCUUCACGCUGUCUAGGAGUUUUUGGGCUGUCUAUUUACACUACUGAGCUGCAAAUUCAUCAUAUUUUUUCUAAGUAUGGACCAGUUGAACGGGUUGAAGUUGUUAUCGAUGCUAAGACUGGCCGAUCACGAGGAUUCUGUUUUGUAUAUUUCAAAUCAAGUGAAGACGCAAAAGUGGCAAAAGAGCAAUGUUCUGGAAUGGAGAUAGACGGCCGACGAAUAAGAGUUGACUUUUCAAUUACACAACGAGCACACACCCCCACACCCGGAAUUUACAUGGGAAAACCUACAUACUUGCAUGACAGAGGUUGGAAUGGACCUCGACGCCGAGAAAGUUCUAACCACAGAAGCAGUUACCGUCGCUCGCCGAGUCCAUACUACAACCGCCGGAGACCACGUUAUGAUCGUUCACGGUCACGCUCCUACUCACCACGUUUUGAAUCAAGAGGUAUUGGAUGAUAGAGGGAAGUUUGAAGUUAAGAAAAAAAAAGGUAGUGAAAAAAAUAACAGAGAUUUGAAAAGAGAAAGAGACCGAAGAAACUUGUUUAUAAAUUAAAUAUAUAUGUCAAUAUAUAUAUAUCAAUAUAUAAAUGAAAAAAAAUAAUAAAAAAAUUGAUGAAGAAUGUUUACUCGGAAAAAACUCUUACUCAAAUUUUCAAGAUCUCAAGGGGUUUAAUCUCGCGCUGACAAAGAAUAUGAUCCAAUCCCGUUCACUUAAAGAACAACUAAGAACUGCGAAGGGUGUCUCGAGGCUU